AUGCCGGGGCUCCUUGGCUGCAGCGCGGCGUCUGGUGAGUGCGGCCAAGGUCGCGUGUGGGAUGGGCGAUGCCGGUGGGACGAGAGGGCGAGGUCGGCACGUUGGAAUAGGCGGCCUACAACCCCUGGCCUGUUACCGCAAGCCGGCCUGGAGAAAGCCGAAGUGGAUGUCCUGCCGCACACGACCUCGCUCGACCGAACGCGCCCUGGCGCCACCCGCGCAUCGCCCUCUACGCGCGGGCCGCGCGAUGCCCUGACCCCCGCCUCCGGAAGCGGCAGCGGUGCCAACAAAACCGUCCCGACAGACACAGCGCGCGCGGCCCUCGGGCGGCAAAAGUCGGGCGACGACAGGGUGCAGAAGCGUCCCGCUACAGCAGCAGCGGCAGCAGCAACGCAGGUCAACAGCAGCACCCCAUCGGCCGCGUCGAUCGCGGGCGUGUACGAGGUGAUGAGCGACGCGCUGCGGGCCGGGUGGCCCGACGUGACGGGCGACAUGUGGCUGCGGGUGGCGCCGGCGCGCGACGCAGCGGGCGUCUACGUAGCGUCCUUCGACUUUGGCGUGCUCAAGGGCCUAAUGCUUAUCGGCACGGACCGCGACGCUAUCCGGGCGUGCAGCCGCGCGCUGGACGGGGGGCCGCCGGGGCGGAGGUGCAGGCGGGGCGGAGGUGCAGGCGGGGCGUAUACCAGGGCCCGGACCUGUUCCUGCGUCGGCGCGGACGGGAGGAGGAGGAGGAAGGUGUAAAGCCGGCCGUCCCCAUUAAGUACAUGCUUUACUAGCGCGGGGUCGAGACGGGCAAGGGCGAGGUCGAUUGUGGCAAUUUUUGGGGGGAGUUUAAAUUUGUUAACGCGGGCUUGGGCAAGUUCGUAAGCGAAAUGAAAAUUGGG